CAAACAAAUUGCGAACUGGGUAACCAGAAAAAUAUAUUAUAUAUAUAAACAUCACAUACCUGUUGAGUCUUACAUAAACAUCAGUCCCAACGAAUCAUCUAGAAAAAAUCCUCUUUGAGAAAAAUAAAUCAGAACUAUGUACUCUUCAUCAUCUGUAUCAAAACGCCUCAUUUUGAUUCAUGUCUUAGCCAUACAACUUCUCUUUAUAAGCAGCAAAUUGUCCUUAAACACUACAAAUGCGUAUCUCAACCUCAAAUGCUUGGAUAGUCAAGGAAAAUACAAGCCGGGAAGCGAUUACCAGGAACUUUUAAAAAAAGUCAUAAAAAUGUUCUAUAAAAACAGUAACGAUAAACCAGGUUUCGCUCUGCUCGGCUCUGAUGACUUAUCCGCUAUCCUUCAGUGCCGUGGCGAUUCCUAUGGCCCCAAAUGCCGCGACUGCUUUGCCACCUCCAUGGCUGUGCUUCGUAAGAGAUGUCCGUGGUAUAGGGGGAGAAUAGUAUGGUAUGACCAAUGUCUUCUGUCGUUUUCGUCCACAUAUGCUACUGGAAAGAUCGAUUACGACAAUAUCUUUUGUAUGUCCAACGCAAAGAAGUUGGGAGAUAAACUCGGGUUUGCAAGUGUUUGGAAUACUCUCAUGGACAAUCUGACGACGUUAGCCCUCAGUCAAGUUAACUACACUCAGCCAACAGCAUUAUACUCUGUGGGGGAGACUCGGUUCAAGGGUGAUACAAUUUAUGGAAUGGUGCAGUGUACCAAAGACAUAUCACCACAAGCUUGUGAAGAGUGUUUGGUUUUCAAUAGGUUGCAUUUUCAAGAUUGCUUGAAUGAUAAACGAGGAGCGAGAUUUGUGGGUACGAGCUGUACUUUUAGGUUUGAGUUUUAUCCUUUUAUUAACAAGCCGGUCGAGUAUUUAAAAAGUUAAAUAAAUAAUUAACUUUUUGUUUGUUUUUUUCAAUCAAAAGCUUA